UUUACUUUCUUUUUGGGCUGGGUUUUCUGACGUCUGAGGUGGCCGACUUGCACUCCUAUCACAGUUACUGGGUGAUAGGCCUAGGCCUACACGUACAGUAAUAGAGUUCACUGAGUGGUUGUGAGAGACUGACUUAAUAGUAGGCCAAUGUGCAGGGCCUACAAUGAUGAACUAUGAUAAUGAAAUCCACAUCAUCAUUUGACUGAGCAUGAGGUCCAGUCACCAGUGCACUAUUUUCAGGGAGAAGAAACAAACCAGCUGCUGCAAUGCCAGAGCUGCUCGGCCUUGCUGGAGGUUUACUGCACUUGAUUCGUGAGAAGCUGCAACCAGGCACCUUGGCCUCGGGUUGCCGGCUAGUCAACUUGGCCUGUUGGCGAAGCCGUAGCUGCGUAGCAUAGGACUAGCAUACAAGGAGAUGUGGGAAAGCAUUUCAGGCAAAUGGCUAACUAGAGAAUUGUAGGCCUAGUCAAACCUAAUUCGUCGCCGGGUCUCUACCGGUAAUCAGUUAUUUUUCAUAGUUUCAGAUCAAACACAUCUUGCAAGCGAACAACAAGCGAGUAAUGGCUGAGAAACCCCCUCCCGGACCUGGCUUCAAUGUUGAUGCCCCUCCACCUUAUGAGAAGGCAGCACCAUCAGGCCAACCACAGGCACAGCAACCAGCAGGACAACCGCAGCAGGCACCAUGGAAACUCUCCUAUGCUGAUUUCUGGCCAAAUAAACUCACCGAUAGUGGGCUUUUUUCUUUACCAACAUUUGAACCAUUUGGAGCCUGUAUGCAGCGUGCCAAUCAGUGGUUGCAGCAGAACCCAAAUGUUGAAGUUAUCCUCUGUGAGAGUGCUGAAGAAAGAAUCGAAUAUGGCGGAACAAUCAAUCCAGAAAAAACCUACUUCCAUGUCAGCGGCAAAUUUCGAACACUCUUUGUGAGAGGUCUCAGGUUAUGGUUUGGCCUGCGGCUAACCCCCGGACCGCCAUUACAGAUAUCCUACAUCAACACAGUCCCUGGGAUGAUUCGAGGAGGUGGCUUUUUGCGGGAAGCGCAGUUUGAAAGGCUUCCACAAGUGCUUGAUGGGUUGAAUAAAAUGUUCAAAGAGAACCCCUUACCAGGAAAGAUUAUCAAUAUCGAAACUCAGGAUAUGAAAUUAGAUGCGCAGUGGUCAGGGAACAUGUCAAUUGCACCGGAUCAGUCUGUGUUCUCCGAUGGUGGAGAUCACGGCGUGUUUUAUCUGUUUGUAAUACGAGUGUUCUAUGUCUGUGGUCCACCUGCUUAUGAAGAAGUCGGCAUGGUGGACUUCUCCCCUCGAUGUUUGUCUGCCGGAGGCAUGAUGAAGAUGCCAUCGUUUCAAGGUUUCAGUGCGGCCACAUACCAGGCCGCACAAUGGAUUCAGCAGUAUCAGCAGUCGAUAAGAAUCACCAACAUACAGUCCAUUGAUAUCAAAAUGAAUAUGCGAGGAUUUGGAAGCGGAAACCUUACUGUUGAUAAUCAGGCAAUGAGUUUUUACGAAUACGGCAAAAUGUCAACUUGUUAUAUCCGUAAUGUGCGCGUCUGCUACACCAAGCCUUUCAACGGAGCACCCCCAUCACCCGCACCACCUAUUGCCCUUGCGGUAAAGGUUUUCUACCCUGUACAGCUGUCUAAUGUGGGAAUGUUGAGCAUGCCGAGUUUCGAGACAUUUUCUCAGACGAUGCAGCGAGCAGGUGCCUGGCUCCAGGUUGUUGGGCGUCGGGUUAUUUCUGUGGAGACAGUACCAGUCUUCAUGACCGUUUACGAGCAUAUGGCCCAGCAUGGUGGAGGAAAUGGAGCGGAGUGCUCAAUGAUGAUUGGAGGAGGUGACAACAUGACUAGCUAUCAAUUCGUUAUCAGGGUGUAUCUUGAUGGCCCGUACCAAGAACCACCUGCUGAGGUGCUUCCUCCACUUCCACCAAGCGCGCAGAACGUCACGCAUUGGACUCAAGAAAAUCGAAAAACGUGUCGGUUGAUGUGAAGUGGUUAUGUAGGGUUAUAUCACUUGGGGGAGUGACUUGACAAUUGACUAUCAUUUCCCCCAGAAAAGGUCAUUCGCCUCGGUUUGAGUGAUGUGAAAUAAAGUUGUUAUGUUUGUGAUAAAUGAAAAGUUAUAGUAAUUGGAAAUUUUACAGUGUGUUCUGUUGAGACUGAGCAAUUCCUUGUACAUGUAACCGCAAGUGUUCAAGAAGGUAUCCGCUGGUCAAGGAUAUGAUUUUGAUGAUUUUAGACCCUAUUUAGCUGGUUAAAAGUCACCUGUACAAAAGGCUGGUAUUACAUGUAAUAGGCCUAUGCAAAACAGGUGCACUGAAGCAGUCUUAAACAGUGUCUGCACAGUACAUGUACAUGAUGUACAUGAUGUACAUGAUCAGUGUACAUGAUGUACAUGAUGUACAUGAUGUACAUGAUGUACAUGAUGUACAUGAUGUACAUGAUGUACAUGAUGUACAUGAUGUACAUGAUGUACAUGAUGUACAUGAUGUACAUGAUGUACAUGGUGUACAUGUGUUUGAAGGAUAAACUCAAUGAGGUAUGAUAGCAUGUAGUUAACGAUGCACAAACUAUGUAAAGUUAUUCCAUCGUGCAUUCCUGCCGGCCAUUGAAGUGGAAGGGAGAUUGGGUUGACUGGUUGACCCUGCGAUGCUGUAGGUCAAGGCUAUAACUUGUGGUGAUGGAGCUUCAUGCUACAUAAAUAUUAAGCUGUUUAAAUUGCUGUGAUAUUCUCAUAAAUGCUUGCCUUUUGUGUAAAUAGUUGUGUUUUAACAACAGCGGUUCAUUGGUAUUCAAGGAAAUAUCUCAACAUUAACUUUGCCAAGAGAUGUGGUUGUGUUUUAUCAGCUUUUAGGCUAUCUUGCAAUGUCAGUUGUCCUAUGAUUGGGUGUGGUCGCACAGUGGAAGUGUGUGCGACUUGUGAUCAGAAGGUUGUGGGGUCAAGGCCAUUGCUUGUUUACACUCAAUGUUGCCUGAAAUGUGUAGCACUGUAUGUACAUUUCUUUGUUUCCAGAUUGUUUUGGUGUAAGGUUUAUAAAUGUUAACGUUCUGAGAUGGUUGUACAUGUUGUAUAGCAUGAACCGCAAAUUUUGUUGAAUUUGCAUUUUAUUUUUAUUCUUUUUUGCAUCAUAUCAACUCUCAGUCUAGAAUUGAAGUUGGUGGUGAUGGGCAUUUCUACCUGUAGCAUCCUCCCGUAGCGGGCUUUUUUAUCCCUCGGAGAAUUCACUGGAAUAGUCAAGAGUAUAAUGCAUCUGGGGUCCAAAGGCUUGCUAUUGGAGGAUGGUCUAGAGAGAUGUAACAAUUUCAUUUAUGGUGUCAGAUAAAUUUUGAGAUAACCUGCCUUACAUAUCUGUGUUGACUGCCAAUCUAUUGAUAUCAGACAUAAAUAAAUUAGUUUAGUAUGUAUUA